CCCUUUCCAAAAUGCGAAAGUCACUACGCAUGCGUAGUUAUGAAGGUCGAUGUAAAGAUAAACUCACAAUCUCUUUUUCUAUCAGUCAUCUGUAAUCUUGCGAGGGCAUAAGCAAUCUACAAAAAUCAACACGUAUUAAAUAUAAAUAAUAAUUUUUACACUUGCAUUUAUAUAUUCUUACAUAUAAAUUCAAUAAAAAUGGAGACUGAAGCUGAUGGGUAUCAAUUGUGUCCUACGUGCGAAAAACCGCUAAUAAAUGAAGAAAACCUAAAACUACUGCGCAUUAAAUGGAUUAAGUGGGGAGUGUGUGGUCUAUUAAUCACUGCUGCUGGUGGAGCAAUCGGAGCUUGUGUGUUACCAUUUUUGGGAUUUGGAUCUACUGGUGUAGCUGCAGGAUCUUUCGCUGCAAGUUGGCAAGGACCCGCUGUGGCGGCUGGAUCAGUGUUCGCUAUAUGUCAGUCAUUGGGAGCCACCGGGUUAGGAAUUUUAUUGUUCGGAGCAACUGGAUCGGUGAUUGGUGGAGUUGGUGCUCUUGGAUUGAUCCAUAAAUAUCGAGAAAAAUUCGACUGGUGCUGUUGUGAUAAUGAUUCCGUAUCAAUUUCUUGUAAUAAUAAUUCUUAAAAAAUGUUUUUUAUAAUAAAAAUUGAUUAAUGAGA